CAGCAGUGUGUCCCUUCCUGUAUUUAGCCUGCUCCAAAAAUGGCUGGCAUGUUGACGCAAGGACGGCGCGUCGUGCCACAUAUAUUUCGAGGGUUUUCUGGUUGUAGAGCUAUAACCUAUGGAUUAAAGAGUUCAAGACAAGUACAUCAUGCUUUGAGUGCGGGCCAGAAAACCGACUUUCCUUUAGCAGAGUACCAGAAAAAACAGACAUGGGCCAGAAAUUUUCAUGUGUCAUCCGUGUUCUAUCAAGAUAUAAAGGAGGUCAAGUGCCCUGGAUUUUCUGAGUCCAUUUCAGAGGGGGAUGUCAGGUGGGAGAAAGCUGUUGGUGAUUUUGUACAGGAGGAUGAGACACUGGGAGAAGUGGAGACAGACAAGACAGGAGUGCCUAUUCACAGUCCAUACACAGGGGUCAUUGUAGAACUUCUAGUGGAGGAUGGAGCCACAGUUCAAGCUCAUCAGCCUCUCAUGAAGAUAGAUAUUUCAGCUUCAGGGGACGCUCCUGCCAAGAAAACAGAGGCACCUGCAGCGGAAAAACCCAAACCUGCCGCAGAAAAGCCUAAGGAAGAGGCACCACCAAAACAAGCCCAAACCAGCUCCAGCGGCCCCAUUCCAACCACCCCUCCCCCUCCCCCACCUGUACCAAAGGCACCCAUGUCCUCUUACCCUACCUCAAGUGUCAAGGUCACACCUUUUGAGGGGUCAGUGGCACAAGGGGGUGCUAGAACAGAAACAAGGACAAAGAUGACGAGAAUUCGUCAGAAGACAGCCCAGAGAUUAAAAGAAUCUCAGAACACAUGUGCUGCACUAACAACCUUUCAAGAAUGUGAUAUGAGCAAUCUCAUGGAGUGGAGAAAAACAUACAAAGACCAGUUUGAAAAGAAGCAUGGAGUGAAGUUAGGAAUGAUGUCUCCUUUUAUUAAGGCUGCUGCCUUUGCUCUGAAGAACCAGCCUGUUGUGAAUGCUGUGAUUGACGGAAAUGAAAUUAUUUACAGAGACUAUAUAGACAUUUCUGUAGCUGUAGCAUCCCCAAAGGGUCUGGUUGUACCUGUUAUCAGGAAUGUGGAGACACUGAGUUAUGCUGACAUUGAGAAAAACAUCCUAGACUAUGGAGAAAAGGCAAAGAAGAACAUGUUAGCAAUAGAGGACAUGGAAGGAGGGACAUUUUCUAUCAGUAAUGGGGGUGUAUUUGGAUCUCUCUUUGGAACCCCUAUAAUUAAUCUACCACAAAGUGCUAUCUUAGGAAUACAUACUAUUAAGAAAAGACCAGUAGUUGUUGAUGAUCAGAUUGUGAUUCGCCCUAUAAUGAUUCUGGCUCUUACUUAUGAUCAUAGACUUAUUGAUGGUCGUGAGGCUGUGACAUUCUUAGUGGACAUCAAGCGAGCAAUAGAAGAUCCCAGAGUCAUGCUUCUAGAUAUCUAGUUAUGUGGCAAAGAUAGUGCACAGAAACAGUUUAAUAAGAAAUUGUAAACAUACAUGUCUGCAGCCUUGCUCAGGACUUUAUUUUUAUUAACUUAAUCCUCAUGAGAAUUUCUUUUAAAAAGUGCUUUUGGAGUGCUUUGAGAUCUUUACUGUGUUUUAAGUUAAGAUUUCUGCAGAAAGUGGAUAUUUUGAUUAAAUUCAAAAUAUUUUCAUCUGAAAUAUAUAAGAUCUGCUUACAUUAAAUUUAGCUUGAUUUUGGGGUAGAUGUUCUCCUAUCAGAUAUACAUGUUUAUUGUUUUAUACUGGUAAAUUAAAGUUUGAAGGUACUUGUAUUAAAACAAAUUACUGAAAGAAAUUCCCAUCAAGGGGGGAAUUUAAGAGGCAUAAUUUAUGGACAUUAAUUUAUAUUGAUAACUUGAAUCAAAUAUGUUGAACAAUAAAAUAUUUUUCCUUUA